AUGGUUUUGUCUUCUGCUGCUACUACUUCCACUACGGAUCAUGAGGCUCCUUCUUCCUUCACUUUAGCCCUUAUAAAAUCACAUCCGAGAAAAUUAAUGCUCUAUUGGUUGAGUUGUGUGGUGAAAUUUACUUUUGCAAUUAUUGUCUUUGCAGUGGCAAUUAAUACAUUUGUGGCUUUAGGAGAUGUGGACGAAUUGGAAAAAUAUGAUAAAGCCUUGUCAAGUAAAUUGACGGCAUUUAUGGUGGGAGUUUCAUUAUUACAUUUAUUCACAGGAACGGUGAUGGUAAUAGGAUCGGUGUGUGGAAUAGUGGCUAGUUUAUAUCCAGGUAGUAAGCCGAGUAAUGUUGUGAGUGACAGCACGGGUUUGUCCAUUCAUGGCUCCGGAGCUGCUGUUGGAGAUUAUGGACAAAGUUUGGGAAGUGCUGUCGAUCAGGCAAACAGAAACUUAUGGAAUCCAAUUUUUAUUUCAAGAGCUUUGAAAACAGCAAAUUUGCGUUAUUAUUGCAGUAUUGUUUGGUUGGUGUGUUCAGUGUUGACAAUAUUGUUUCAGGUUGGAAGAACGAUUUUAGCCAGUGUUGGUGUUUCUGUCAUGCACAUCAUGAUUGAGAGAUUCAAGUCCAUGCCAGAGUUAGAUGUACAGACAGAUGUAAUCAUUUUGAUUUUGACCUCGGUGAUUGCACUCGCUGCCUGCUCUCCAUUUAUUGUGUUGAGUUUUAUUGCGACUAGAAGAAUUAGGGCCUACAAAAAGGAACUCGAAAAACAACAAGAAUUAAUUAAGGAAUCCGUUAUGGAUGACAUGGACUCCACGGAUUUCGAGCUGAACCGAUCAGGAACAUCUGUAUAG